GCAAAGCGCGCUGGAGGCAAAUCAACUGGCAGCAAUUGGGAAAAUCUGACAAAGGGGUGUCUUUGUUGAUCAACCAUCGAUCUGAGUGACCGCACAUUUGCAAUCGCGCCGCGAUGUCCUACUCAGUGACUCAGAACGGCGUCCGCAGCGAAUGGCUUGAGGAGGAGAUCCAAGAAGAUCUGAGAUGGUCCAUCCUCGUCAAAAAGAAGCUGUACUCAGGCAAAAGCGACUUCCAGAGCGUGGAACUCGUUGAGAGCGGCCCAUUCGGCAAGGUGCUGCUGCUAGACGGUAAGUCCCAGAGCGCGGAGGCCGACGAGUUUGUGUACCACGAGCUGCUGGUGCACCUGGCGCUGCUGCUGCACCCCAACCCCCGCACAAUCUUCAUCGCCGGUGGCGGCGAGGGCGCCACAGCGCGCGAGGCACUGCGUCACAAAUCUGUCGAGAAGGUUGUCAUGGUCGACAUUGACAAGGUGGUGUGCGACUUCUGCGAGGAGCACCUGGAGGCGAACAAGGCGGCCUUCGCGGACCCGCGCAUGCACCUGAUCAUCAACGAUGCGCGCGCUGAGCUGGAGCGCUACGACGGCACCUUCGAUGUCAUCAUCGGCGACCUGGCCGACCCCGUCUUCGGCGGCCCGUGCUACCAGCUGUACACGCAGGACUUCUACAGGACAGUGGUGGAGCCAAAGCUGGCGCCAGAUGGCAUCUUUGUGACACAGAGCGGCCCGGCCGGCGUCCUCACCUGCAGCGAAGUCUUCUCGCCAAUAAAUCACACCCUCAACUCUGUCUUCCCCCGUGUUGUCCCCUACCUGCAGCACAUUCCCUCCUACGUCGACACCUGGGGGUGGAACAUGGCACUGAAAAAUGCGCAGCUGCACUUCCCAGAGCGGGCAGAGGACAUCGACGCCCUCAUAAAGCAGAGGAUAAACGGCAACCUGAAGUUCUUGGAUGGCGGCACGGUGCAGGCAGUGCAGUUUCUGAACAAGGUGGUUCGCACAGCACUGGCAGAGGAGCAGCACAUCUUCACCCUUGACAAGCCGCGUUUCAUCCACGGCGCAGGCUCUGUCACGAUUGUAUAG